CGAGCGUUCAGGCAAGCGUCCGAGUCUCCUCCACCCUGCUUCUGAGAGUGUUUCUGUUUCUAUCAGAUAGAAAACUUUUUUCUUGUCAGAAAAUCAAAGGAAGUGUGACAGGCUGGAUACGAAGAAAAGAUAAGUUAAGGAACCUAAACCCAGAAACCCUGUUUGAUUUUCAGAUUUUUCACGUGAAUUGCUUAUUUCCCUCAGAGAACAUUUUCCCUUCAAGAGGAAAAUCCGCUUGAAGAGAACUUUUGUGUUGCCUUUCCUCCUGAAGUGCAACUGUCACUGAGUUUUCAUCUCUUAUUUAUAUUCUUUAUUUUGCCAAUAUCUAGACAAGGAGUUGCAUCAGAAUGGAAGCAUAUUUUCCUUUUUAUGUGGACAACAAUCAUUCAUAUUUGGAGGAACAUUUUUACUUUGAAGAAAACAUUGACGGUUUUGGCAUCACCAUGGCUUUUCUUUACCUCCUGGUCUGCAUUGUGGGACUGGCUGGGAACUGUCUUGUUAUAAUUGCCAUUUUGAAACUUGACAAAAUGUCAACCUCCACAACUGUGUAUGUUUUCAAUCUGGCUUUGGCUGAUGGACUAUUCAUGGUUGGUCUCCCCUUUAUUGCAAGCCAGAACUUUCAGAACCAGUGGGUUUUUGGGAACACAGUGUGCAAAGUCGUUAUGGUCCUGGAUGGCAUUAAUCAGUUCACAAGUGUCUUCUGCCUCACGGCUAUGAGCAUCGACCGCUACAUGGCACUUGCCGAACCAUUUCGGUUUGCCCGUUGGAGAACUCCGCGCUGUGCCAAGGUCGUUUCAAUGUCCUUGUGGUUCUUCUCACUCCUCACCAUUCUCCCGAUGGCUUUUCAUUUCUCUGCUGAUCAUGGCUUGUGUUUUCCAGACUUCGCUACGGAUGCCUGGUGGCUUGGUGUCCUGUCUUACACCUUUGUCAUAGGUUUCGCCAUACCCUUUAUGUUGAUGACAAUCUCCUACACAGCUUUGUUGAUCUCUGUACGAUCCCAGCAGCACCACUCUUCAGUGACAAACCACGAAGGUCGCAGACCCGAGCAGCAGAUGACCAAAAUGGUUGUGGCGGUGGUGGUAGUGUUUGGCAUGUGCUGGCUUCCAUUUUACACAUUCAACUUUCUCUCCUUGUAUCAAGAUGGCCUCUUCUUGACUUUUGGCAGGGCUUUUGAAUUUGUAGUCUUGUUGUCCUAUUCAUGGAGCUGUGCCAACCCCAUUCUUUACGCCUGUCUCUCCGACACCUUUAGGAAGCACUUCUGUACCUUGCUCUGUCCUAGAGCCAAAUUCUGUCCUGGCACGCAGUGCAGUAUGGAACGAUAUGACCUAAAUGACACCGGUGUACAGGAUGUCACUCUUCUGGUCUGAAAUACUGAUAACCAAGUACUGAUACUUCAUUUCAUAAGCACUGCAUGAUACUUUUGAACAUCUGUACAUAAAUCCAGUUGUAUGAUUGCUUUUGAUACAAUGAGUUGAGAAUCUUGACAAAUUUAGAUUGUUUUUGUUCAAUACAUGAAAGGCAUAUAAGUUUUGCCCUAGAAUGAGGUUGUAAAUAUUUUCUGAGUUCGUUGUUGACUGUUCUCAUUAAAUGCAUUUUCAUAAGAAAUGAAUUCUUUUUAUCUCCAUCUGAAAGAAAAAUGUUUGAUCAAGAGUCUGUUAAUCACUCUUCUGCACUUUGUGUCAAUUUGUGAAUAUUGCUGCUUAGCUAAAGAGCAUUCUGAUUUUAUGAGUUGUUAAAAUGAGCCAAUGUAUUUUAAUGAUUGUUUUUUUUUGCUACAGUAAACAAAUGUAAAAAUGCUUGCCAAACAACCAAAGUCAGUAAUGUUUAAUCGUUUUACUCACCAUUCUUUGCAUUUGAAUACCAUGUCUUUGUAAAGUAAAAAUGUACCACUUUUUUGGCCUCA